AUGAGCACAAGGCAAACUCAGACCGUUCAUGACAAUGACGUUCAAGCUUAUGCUGGGAGUUGGUGCGGAACGCAACAUGAACAAAAUGCCAGAACCCAUCAAUCCGGUCAAUACGACAGAAAUACCGCUGCUUUCGUUAACGAUCGGAAGCGUGAGGAGGAGAAUCGCCAAAGGCUUCAUGACAGAGAAGGCAGGCGUGCCCAUAAGAACGAUCUGAAAGACAAGAUUGACGGCUUGCUGUUGCCAAUGAAAGCUAGCUCCCACAAGGACACGUCUAGUCGGAACAAUGACGAGUGA